UAGAUGUAUACACACCGAAAGUUGACAAUGGUUUCCUUACAAAUUCUCAUCACCAUCCUGAUGUACACUGGCACAGUCCUGGCCUGGCAGAACAGCUAUGACGGGCCGCUCAGCUUUGAAUGUGGGGACAACGCAUACAUCGCUGAGGUAAGAAGUCACCACGACAAUCACCAUGAAGAUCGACUAUGGCAAUAUGGCUGCCGAGUUCUCGAGGCUGGAGGUGACAAGAAACUGUCAGUGGUACAAUGACGUCAACGAAAUGGACCAGUUACUGGCUUUCCGUUGCCCUACCAACCAGGUCAUCGCCGGAGUUAAAAGUCGCCAUGACAACCACCACGAGGACAGAGUAUUCGGGUUCCGUUGCUGUGAACUGGUAGAGCGCAAGCUUAAUUAUUGUUCUCUUACAGGUUUCAUCAACGAAUACGACCUAGAGAUGAAUUAUGCCACCCCGCACGAUUACGUCAUCAGUGGCUUUGACAGCGAACAUAACGACCAUCAUGAAGAUCGCCGAUGGAAAGUAGACAUAUGUGAGAUUGAGCACUAAACCUAACGCAAACCCAUUUUUACCUUGCCAACGUAUGGACUCCAGCUAGACAGCAACUCACAGUUUAAACCUAAAAGUGUAAAACUAACGUGUCGUCUUAUGGCUAUUUUUGAUUUUUGUAAACUAUAAAUUAAUAGUAUUUCUUGAAGUUGCAGGAAAGAAUGCAAGGUCUUCUUUCACCGAUUUUAAAUGGAGUGGAUAUUUUAUUCAAAAUAGAAUGA